CGCUCCACAUCACUUCAAUCAUCAAUUCACAUUCUUCUCUAUUUUUUGUUUGGAUUAGGUUUCCUUCAAAUUCGGUUUUACACUUCAUGAAUGCAAAACUAACUUGAAUGUGAGGUAAAAAGUGAAGUGAUUUUAGUGGAAAUGGAGCAGUAUGAAAUUCUAGAACAGAUUGGUAAAGGUUCCUUUGCUUCUGCUCUGCUGGUCAGGCACAAGCACGAAAACAGAAAGUAUGUCCUCAAGAAGAUCCGUCUUGCUCGCCAGACUGACAGAAUCCGUAGAUCUGCUCGCCAGGAAAUGGAGCUUACCUCUAAAGUUCAAAAUCCAUUUAUUGUAGAGUAUAAAGAUUCCUGGGUAGAAAAGGGUUGUUUUGUAUGUAUCAUCAUUGGAUAUUGUGAAGGAGGAGAUAUGGCUGAAGCUAUUAAAAAGGCUAAUGGUAUUCAUUUUCCUGAAGAGAGGCUUUGUAAGUGGCUUGUCCAAUUGCUGAUGGCACUUGAUUACUUGCAUGCAAAUCAUAUUCUUCAUCGUGAUGUCAAGUGUUCGAAUAUAUUCUUGACUAAAGAUCAAGAUAUACGUCUAGGUGACUUUGGUCUUGCUAAAAUGUUGACAUGUGAUGAUCUUGCUUCCUCAGUAGUGGGGACUCCAAGUUAUAUGUGCCCAGAGCUUCUUGCUGAUAUACCCUACGGUUCUAAGUCAGAUAUCUGGUCUUUGGGAUGCUGUGUAUAUGAAAUGGCUGCUCAUAAGCCAGCUUUUAAAGCUCUUGAUAUGCAAUCAUUGAUUAACAAAAUAAACAAGUCUUUAGUGGCUCCAUUACCAACAGUGUAUUCUGGUUCUUUUCGAGGGCUUGUUAAAAGCAUGUUGCGGAAAAAUCCAGAGCUUAGACCAAGUGCUGCAGAGUUACUAAAUCAUCCACAUCUUCAACCUUAUAUUCUUAAAAUUCACCUAAAGCUAAAUAGUCCCAGAAGAAGUACUUUUCGAUUCCGAUGGUCUGACUCAAACUAUGGAAGGAGAACUCGGUUUGAAGAGCCAGAAUCUGUUUCUACUCUUUCUGACAGAGAUAAACGGUUGUCAUUCAGCAACGACAGGGCAUUGAAUCCUAGUAUUUCUGGAACUGAACAAGGUUCUUUGUGUUCUACUCAAAGAGCACAAGGAUUCUCUACUUGUUUAAAAGAGAAAUACUAUGAACUAUCUGUGGGCUGUGUUGUUGAAGAAUGCAAUACUAACAAGUCAAAAGAGACGAAGUUCUCAACAGUUGAUAGGAUGCCAAGAUUGAGAGCAGCUAAGGAAUCUGCCACCCCCAGAAGGCAGACAAUUCCAUCAAAGAUAGUCCAUACUGGUUCUAAACGAAAUUUUCUUCCAGCAUCUCCUAUCCCAGCUGGUAAAUUUACCCCACCAACCCGCAGAGCCUCCCUUCCACUGCCUACAAGAUCCAUGGCCACGACCACCCCUUAUAGAACCAAUGUUGGUCUUCGAAGUGUGGACUCCCCUGAUAUUUCUGUUAAUGCACCGCGAAUUGACAAGAUUGCAGAAUUCCCUCUGGCCUCUUAUGAGGUUCCUCUCUUCCCUAUCCGUGGAACUUCAUCAACAUCAGGUCAGUGCUCUUCUUCUGAUUCCCCAAGGAGUGCAGAGUGCUUAAUCACAAAGGACAAGUGUACAAUCCAGGUUGUGGACAAAGCCAGUGUCCCUACCAGUGGUAUUGAUGUCUGUCCAGUUGCUCCAGUUUCAUAUGCCAAUGAAUGCUCUGAACAUGUGGCGACUGCUGUUUCAAGCCAUUCCUCUGCUGAGUCUUGUCAGCGCAGGUUUGACACCUCGUCUUACCAGCAACGUGCGGAGGCAUUGGAGGGGUUGCUCGAGUUCAGUGCGCGGCUCCUACAACAACAGAGGUUUGAAGAGCUUGAGGUGUUGUUGAAGCCAUUCGGGCCUGAGAAGGUUUCUCCAAGGGAAACAGCUAUUUGGUUGACUAAGAGCUUCAAAGAAACUGUGGCCUAAGGUUUUCUGAUGCACUUUUAUGAUCAUUAACAACAUUGUAAAUUAAUGUAGUACUAUUUAUGACAUUAUAAUUUGAAGAGUAGCUUCUAAUCUUAGUUGUUCUAGACUUCUAGUUGACACCAUUGGCAUUUUCUGAGAUAGCUGUACUACGCAGCGCUUGUACUACUAGUUUGAAGUUCAUAACUUUUUCACGA